GGCGCAAGUUAAAAGCAAAAAAAAAAUAUUUAUGAGAAAGUAUAAAUAUCAACCGUACCCGGCGUACCAGCACACCACCAACGCACAACAGCAAAAACCACAGCAACAACAACAGCAAUUAGAAAAACAAGAACUUAGCCACUCAACGCAUCCAUUACAUCAGCCGUCGCCGCGCCCGUACACUUCCCGCUUCGAGCAACAGCAAGCACGCCAACGACAUCAAAACCAACAACAACAACAACAACCACAGUUACUGCAGCAACAGCAAGAAAUAAUUUUACCGCCUCCACCACAACAGCUGCCAACGCCAGAAAUGUCGCCACAACAGCAACUACCCACGCACGCUGGCUACCAGCAACCAACACAACAACCACAACAACAAGAAACACAGCAACCAAUGCAGCGUCAACAGCAGAUUCAGCUGUUGCAGCAGCAACAACAAGCCACCACAGCGGCACUGCAGCAACAGAAACAACUGCAAUUACAGCAGCAGCAGCAGCAGCAGCAACAACAACAACAACAAUUGGCUAACGCCACAUUUGCAGCCAAUUUUAGUGCAUUGCAGCAACAACAACAACAACAACAGCAACAGCAUAAUACAGCUGGCCCUGCAGUGAAUACUGCCUGCAAUGGCAAUUUCUUUGCGACGACGUCAUCAGCACAGCAAUACACGCACGCAAGCGAAUAUACGGCUUAUAAUCAAAAUAAUAUUAGCAGCAGCAGCAGCAGCAGUGGCAUGAAUGGCAAUAAUAAUAAUGCGUUAAAUGCAACAAAUAGCAAUAAUCGACUGCACCAGCACCAAAUGCAGCAACAACAGCAAGCAUUUUUGCCAUUUGCCGCAAAUAAUCCAAAUCCAAAUAAUCGACAUAGUCAAUUCGAACGAAAUCAGCAACAACUGAGUCAGCAGGAAUACAUGCAACUUUUGCAACAACAACAGCAACAAUUUCAUUUGCAACAACAGCAACCACAACAGCGUCAAUAUAUCGGCAAUAAUAGUAAUAAUAAUAAUAAUAAUAAUAAUAAUAAUAAUACUAAUCACAGCAAUGCGCUUAGUAAUCAGCAGCAAUUGCAUUUGCAACAGCUACAGCGCGCAUUGUUAGAAAGGCAACAGCAAAAAUUGCAGCAACAAUCACAUGAAAUACCAAUAAGAACAGUGGUUGGCGGCAGCAGCAACUCCCUGCCGCCGCACCUAUCACCGGCGCUCAACAAUGGCGGCGAAUAUAGCAGCAGCGACGGUGGCGGCAGUGGCAGCGCCGUUGGUGAUGGCCUUGUCAGCACAGUUGACACAGUGGCUACUAGCGAUUGUCGAUUCUCGAUGGAUGCUUGCGAAAUAGCAAAUUUUCUGGCUAAUGAGCUUUUUAUGCAGCAGCUCGUUUCAAUGGAUGGCAUACAGAGUGGUGUUCCCACGUUGACCACGUCCACGUUGACGCCCACCACCCUACGCAGCAUCGAGGAGACAUUCAUACAGCUGACAACCGAUCAUUCGAACCCGCCCAGUCAGGCCGGUUUCAUACCGCCGCCCGUCAGUUCAAUACAGAAUUCCACAAGUCCGGUAUUCACCGGCGCCAUGCAAAGCUACAACGAUGUGGAUACGGACGACUCACAGGCGUCCUGGACCAAUUCACAGUUGAAUGAGGAAAACUCAAUGGCGACAACAGAUACUUCAAGCGCCGCCACUGACAGCACCUCAUUUCCAAACGGCCUAAACGGUAUUAGCAACGCUUCACUCGCUACCUCAAAUACAUCGUCCAAAAAUGAUUUCACUCUUUUGCACAACGCCAUCGCAGCAGAAGCUGGCAAGCAUGCCGGCAAUCUGUUGCUGACAACUUCGCCCAACAGCAGCAACGUCCAUACCUCAAAUAGUGCCACAGUUACGCCUGCACCGACACGUCGCAAUCAAGGCGGCCGUCGACCUGCCAAAUCGACCAAUAUGUCACCCGAAGAGGAGGAGAAGCGCCGCAUACGUCGCGAACGUAACAAAUUAGCUGCGGCACGUUGUCGCAAACGUCGCGUCGACCAAACAAACGAAUUGCAAACAGAAGUUGACCGUCUGGAGGGUAUUCGCGAAACGCUGCAGAAGGAGGUCGAGAGCCUUAAAGUAACCAAGAACCGUUUGGCCUUCAUUUUGGAAGCGCAUCGACCGACGUGCCAGAAGAUACGACAAGAUCUAUUGAGCGUACAUACCUACGAUGGCCUAAUUGCGCCAGCGAAUAGUAACAGCAACGACAGUAACAGCAAUAUCAUUGGAGUUGAUACGACGCUAUCGUCUGUGGGACGCAGUGGUUCGCCCAUCGAUCUCAAGCCCAUCAUUUUAGACAUUGUGCCGCACAUCAAGCACGAACCUUUGGAUAGUGCGCUCGACUCAAACUCGUCCCUGGAUCAUGACGGCCCACCAUCGCCCAAGCGCAUGCUACUCUCCGACAAUAAUCCGAUGGUACAGCCACCUUUACCGAAUGUAGCCACACUAUCGGCUUCAUUGGCUGCGGCCUCGGCAUCCUUAAAUACACCCAUUGUGACGUCGGCACCAGUGAGUUUCGCCAGUUUCGUUGCAGGCAAUAGUAUGGCCAACAAUAACAACAACAUCAUUGCGACCAGCAUUGCUAUAACAGGCACAUUAGCUGCACCGAAUAGACCACUAUUGUGUAGCAGCAAGCAGCGUCCCAACUCGUUGCCCACAAACCUACGCAAUCAGGCACAAAAUCUCGCUUUAAAUACAGAGCGUCCGCCAACGGACAUCAAUGGUGUCGCCAUACAAACACCAUCAACAGGCAUGUUCAACUUCGACUCGCUAAUGGAUGGUGGCACCGGCCUGACACCCGUUUCGGGACCACUGGUGCCGACUUGCUCGUCGCAAAACAAACAUCCAUUGGAAAUGCAGACACCUACAAGUGAGCCAUCGAAAUUGGUGAGCUUAUAACAAUAAGGAGCACAGAAAGGAAGGAAAAUGGCCGUAGGCUGGCGUCGUCGGUGGCGGCUGAAGCGUUGUUGUGAAGGGCCGGGGCGUGGUAGAAGGGCAGGAGAAAGGGAAAUGCGCCAGUCGAAUAAUGACAUUUUUUCCAAGAGUAUUGUGGUAUUGUGUUAGUGAAGCUUACACGUUUAUAAAGCGGAACAGCCAGCAGUCCAAGAACAAGAACACAAAGAAGUAUGCUUUAAAAUGUAUUGAAUGCGCGACGUACGAUGCGUAUACGCAACCUAAGACGCAAUAAAAAUGGGAAGCAGUUGCAAAUAUGUAAUAAACGAUAUGUAGGCAUAUACAGACAGACGUACAUACAUAUGUACAUAUGUAUGUUUCAAAGCAGAUUUCACGAUGCGAAUGUUUUAAAAGCGAUUUUUUCUUAAUUUAAAAAAUCUAAAGUUUUUGUAAAACCCUUUGUGCGUAGACGAAUAGUUAUAAGAAGUUAUAGGCAAGGCAUUAAAACUGCUUGUAUGUUAAAUGUUAAGUUUUCUUUUAUACUUUGUUCACAAAAAACGAAAAUAUUUUUAUUAAAAAAAAAAACCAUUUUUUAACUUAGUUAAAAAGAAGCGAACACAGUUUAUGAAAAUCUGGAGAAAUGUGGAACAAAGAAGGAACGAGAGCGAAAUCGGAGGAAGUGGCAAAACAUUAGUCUAUGCAUCAUUAUGUAUUGUAUUAUUACUUAAAACUUAUUUUAUAACUAUUUUUUUUUAUUUUAGAUGGUUAUUAAAAAAAAAAGCCAAUUAUUUCAUAAUUUUUGCUGUAUAACUUUUAGAAAUCUUAGCACUUGUUUUGGAGUAUUUUCGGGCAUUUUAUCAUUUCAGUUCAUUUCUGCGCGCAAUGGAAAAUCAUAAAAUUUUGUAUGGCAAAGCGUAGAAUAAUCUGCGCUUUUUUGUUCUUUGAUUCCCGCUUAACAAAUUUCAGCUGCACUCUUUGUUUUUGUUUGUUUGUUUUUUUUUCUAUAAAGUUAAACUAAAGGAAUUGUGUUUAACGACAUUAAGAAGGCGUUGUGAUAUUUUUAAUAAAUAAAAAAUAAAAGAAAUAAAAACUUUAUAAAAAGUAUUUUAAAAAAAUAUUACGUAUGUGUGUUAAAUGCAAUUUAUAAAAUUUAUGCAUUGAUUUAGCUUAAUCAAAUUCACUCUAAUAUUAACCGAACUCUGUAAAGUAACAAAACAAAUUGGCAGAAAGACCGUAUGUGCACGCACAGACAAAUUUAAUUAAACAGAACAAUUGGAAAUGGCCUUUAUAGCAACAAAGAAUAAAAUUUUUGUGAAUUUUUGUAUGUAUAUUCUAUUGAAAUAUACGAGUACAUGUAUUUGCGUUUUGGCACCAGGAAGAUUUAAGAAAUUAGCAAUUUGAGAGUAUCUAAAUAUGCAAAAUAUGUAUUGGCAUGCAUUGCUUUUGUUAUAAUUAUCUUAUUUUAAAA